AGUCUGUAGCCUGUAAUCAGGAGAUGUCCCUGGCUACAGCACCACACACAGGCGUGCACAUGUUCUUGUGACACAGCCCAGUCCCGGCAGGAGGAGUCAUCCAAUCACCCCAGAGCUCUGCUGCUCAUUCCAAUGCAGGAACAUGUCGGAGGAAGCCCAGGCAGCAGACUUUGUGGCCGGGAACCCGCGGCUGAAUGAGUUACCAGCCCAGUCCCCAGUGGUGAGAGAGGCCAUCCUGCUCAUCAGGCAGAAGGCAGAGGAGGAUAGCGGCCACUGGCCCCUGGGGCUGUCUGACGAGUUCCUGCUGCGGUUCCUGCGAGCCAGGGAUUUCUCUAUACAUCUGGCGUAUAAGUUGUUGAAGAACUACCACAAGUGGAGGAAGGAGUGCCCAGAAAUUAGUGCUGACCUGCGUCCAUCUUCUCUCCUUAACCUUUACAACGCUGGCUACCAUGGGGUCCUGAGGUCCAGAGAUGCUUAUGGAAGCAAAGUUCUUAUUUACAGGAUUGAAAAGUGGGACCCACAACAGUUUACCGCAUAUGAAGUGUUUCGAAUAAGCCUCAUAACAUCUGAGCUUAUAGUUAGGGAUGCAGAGACACAGAGGAACGGUAUUAAGGCUAUAUUUGACCUACAGGGAUGGAGACUGGUUCAUGCAUUUCAAAUCACCCCGACUGUUGCCACACGGAUCGCUGCUGUCAUGACAGAUUCUUUCCCCCUUAAAGUUCGAGGAAUACACCUGAUCAAUGAGCCUUUCUUUUUUCAUCCUGUCUUCUCAUUAAUCAAACCGUUUCUGCCUGAGAAAAUCCAACUACGGAUCCAUAUGCAUGGGAGCAACUACUGUCCAACUCUUCACCAGCACUUUUCAGAGGACAUUCUCCCUCCAGAAUAUGGGGGUAAAGGACCCUCGAUAAAUGAACUUUGUAGAGAGUGGACUGACUGUGUCAUGAACUCUGAAGAAUAUCUGCUCAGUAUAUCUGAGCACAAAUAGCCAACUAUAGUUUUUGUAACACAGUUUUUACAUUAAUUGGUACAUUUUACACUGAAACUAUUGACAGCAUUUUAUAUUUGGUUACAGAAUUGUGAGAAAGUAGAAGAUGUAGCAAUACUUGUAUCUGUCAGUAAAUUCAGACAUGAGGUAAAUGUUAUAGCCUGCGAUUUUCAGGCACGGACAAGUUCUCUAUGAUUUAGCUGCUAGAUUUAAAGCGCCAGUAAUUUAAAAGACUAAACCAACCAGGUUUUGCCUUUUAUUUUAAACUAUUGCCGCUUUAAGACUAAGGACUAUAGUGGGCAGAUAUACCCAAGCCGUGGGGAGUGAUAAAGUAGAGAGAGAUGAAGUACAGUACCAACCAAUCACCUGUCAUUUCUCAAACACUGCAUGUAACAUGAUAGUUAGGAGCUGAUCGUCUGGUACUUGAUCACUCUCCACUUUUAUCACUCUCCAAGGCUUAGUAUAUUUGCCCCCUACAAACCCGUGUGUGCCUGCAUCUCACUGGCUAUUACAUAUACCCCAUGAUGUGUUAAACAGCUGACAAAGAUACAUCGUCCACAACUUUCUAUUUUGACGGUUCAGGGGAACAUGGGAUCGCAACAUAUACUCAGGAGCUACAGCCUAGAACAGGGCUGGCCAAACCGGUCCUCGAGAUCUACCAACAGUUCAUGUUUUCCAGGCCUCAUGGAGAUCUGUAGAAUUGUCAGCUAGGAAUGAAUGCAGCACAUCUUAAUUAGUAAUGACUACACCUGUGCACCAGCUAGGUGGCCUGGAAAAUGUGAACUGUUGGUAGAUCUUGAGGACCGGUUUGGCCAGCCCUGGCCUAGAACAUGUGCAGUAAUAUAUUCAGAGGCUGCUUAAUUAUUAGAUUCAAAGUUUUAUUAGGAAAUAAUUAAAUCAAAUGGAAGAUUACACAUUACUUUAAAUGUCAUUUCUCUAACGUCCUAGUGGAUGCUGGGAACUCCGUAAGGACCA